UCGGAUUUGGACACUGAACAAACAAAGUGGCUUGUAAGGAGAUUCUUCUUCUAAUCCAACAAGCGGGUGUUUUCUUCAACUUCUUGUUUCACGGUUUCAAUUUCCACCGAUCGCCAAAUACCCAUCUAUUUGAUGGAGCUUCGACAUUGUCGGAUUCACAUUUCUCCAGUAUUGGGAAUCAGAUUGAUUAUCCUUGCUGGCAUUGGCUCGUGUGUGUUUGUUUCUUCCUUUUCAAGUGAGGAGGCUCUGCAUAACUCAAAUGUUGAACCGAACGCAGCGCAUUGUCCUGAGACAUAUAUUUCCAAGUCGUAUUUCAAGAAACAUGCUUACCUUCUUGAUCCAGAUUUUCAAGAUUUCAUGGCACACGAACUUCACACUGGGUCAUGUGAAGCGUUGCAAGAUAAACUCAAUCUUGUGCCAAGAUUGUCAAUUCUGCAUCAGCAUCUGAUUGGUGAAGGUUCUCAUCGUCGUCUAUCUUCGUCCAUCAGAUUUAAAAGUCUUCCAGAGUCGUUACCUGAGGUACCUGCACACUUUUGUGAGGCCAUAAUCAUUGAAAGACUACCUUCUGGAGUCUUUGCAGAUCCAUUUGAGCUACAACAUCUUCUCCAGCGUGGUGUGUUUGCUGAUGCAGCUGUUUUUGGAGACAUAAAUUUGGAAUUGCCUUCAUUUCGGUCAAAUCGGUCCAUUGUUGAGAUUCACUUGGAUAUUGGUCCUAAUAUAUUAUCAGGACACAAAAAUGAAGUCGAAAUUAACAUUGAACUUCCGUUGCAUGCACGAUAUCCGGUAUGUGAAUGAGACUAUGAAUAGAUUCUGAAAGUACAAUAGAAAUUCAAAAAUUUUUUACAGAACUGGUUGGAUUAUUGGUUCAUUAAAUGUUUCUGGUAUGUGAAAUUUCACUGAGAAAUAAUGUGAUUAUCGUUUCAUUACAUGUUUAUAAGGUGGUUUGGAAAUGCGUAGUUAUGAUAGUCCAGUAAAUCAUUAAUUUUUUUAUUGGGAUACACACUUAAUUGUUUUCCCCCUUGUUUAUUAUUAUAAUUUUUUCCUUUCAUUUAGUACUGAACAGCUGCAAGUUUAAAUCUCAUUUCUUUUGCAGCCCCUAGGAAAACGUGGCUUUUCAGCAGUUCAGUUUGGCUUGCCCGACUUAUU